UUGGCUCGGUCCGCCGGAGUGCGCUGAGCUCAGAGCAGAAAUCUGCACCGAAAAGUCGUUGAGACUGAAUGGCUCAGCAUUGGAAUAAUAACUUAUCAUUCACACGCAAGUUUUCCGUUUUAACUUAGUCAGUGAAAUGAUUUCAUUACUGACAGCUGCUUUUUUCUGGAGUGUUGCUCCUCGAAAUUGAGCAAACCAGUUGCCGGUUGCUUUACCUGCUCUGAUAAGGAGGAUAACUUACAGUCAGACAACUGCUGCAUGAUACACUGUUACCAGACUGACUUCCCUUCAAACUCAUGCAGAAAGGCAGACCAGGACUAAAGAUUUAAUGUCACAGGGCAUAAAGUUCGUGAAGCGUUGUGCAGCAGCGCAGUGGCUCCCCCCUCAGGCCAGUCUCAGCACUGCAGCAACACCCAGCAGCUUCUGCUUCAUGGCCACAAGUCCCAAUCUCCGUGAGAAGGUAAACUAACAAUCAGGAGGCAGUGAGGUGAUGCAAAAGACGUAUGACAUGGAGGUCAAAAGUCACCUGAUAACAGGCCCUGAGCUGCAGGACAGUAAGCAGCACGCGGAGCGGAUGGUGGAGCUGCAGGAGCGUAGGAGAAGUCUGCAGUCGCUGCUCAACACUCGAUUGGCAGAACUCAAACGUGUGUGUCUGCAGGAGGCGGAAAUGACAGGUGAAGUUCCUCAUGAAUAUCCUCUGGAAACCGGAGAGAAAGUCCCUCAUGUGCGGCGCAGGGCUGGUCUGUCCCGCAGCAGUUCCAAACAAAACACGAAAAAUGAGGACGAGGACGCCUCUCAGCGCAAGACAAAGAAAACUCUGUUCAGCGGUGCCCUCCGCAGGCACGUCGAUUCAGAGCAGCAUCCUUCACACAGCAAACGAACCGUUCACAGAGGAUGCCACACAGAUAACGCAGUGAAGUCAGAGAGCAGCUCCACGUCAGAUUCCACCUAUCAGGACACUGAAGACGCCUCUGACGGCCUGUCACCCUCACGUCCCCGGCUGGUCUCGGGGAGUCCAGACAACAGGUUCUCUCGAAAACUCUCCCCCGUGGAGAUCUAUUACGAGAUAAAAACUCGCCGCAACUCUGUGGCCAGCUCAGCCAGCCCAAGUCACACUCUUCCAAGAAGUGUGUCGAAUUUAGAAGGUAGAAGUGUACCAGCAACUCCACUCUUGUCCCGCAAUGGAAUAACAGGAGUGCACAUCAGGUCAGAAUCAUCUAGCGGCACUGCUGCCGUGAAGCAGUGGUCAGACAAUCCCGAGGCGUCCCAGCAGGUGCCUCUGCAGUCUCAGGAGGGGUCCUACGAGCAAGGGCACAGGCGAAGCAAUAGCUCCGAGACGUUACUCGACCGGCACGCCUCUGCUGUGGAGGAGGGAGGUCAAAGGUUAGGCAUGCCUGUUCGAAACGGCCCAUACAAGAGCUCAGAAGCAAUCAUGGACACAACUUUAAAACAGGCACAGCGGAGCAGCCCCGAACGACAGGUAAACGGACACACCGAACUGGCCCGCGUUCGCUCGGCUGUGGGAGGUCGAGGAACGAACGGAGGUGGCGGUUACAAUGAGAUCCUCAUAGAUUAUGUGUGGGGGAAACAGCAGAAGAUGCAAGCUCAGCAAAGACUGCAGGUCCAAAAUAGUGCAAAAACCCGGCCGUGGCCUGAAGGUCCCAAUGCGCCACCACCUCCCUACAGGAACGGCUUCCCCCAAUCGCAGCAGCUUAUCCUGGGCAACGGCCCUCCGGCCUACAGCCCGCUAAUGCUGAGAGGGAAACCCGGCGAGCCUCGGAGGGUCAAAGUGACACGCACCAAAUCCUGCGGUCCGUUCGUUCCCUCACAGCAGCACCAGCAAGAGUCUAUCCUUCUCUCUGCCUACACUGAAACCAACACCGCCAAUGGCACCGCCGUUAAUGCACUGCAUAACCAGCACAUGGACCACCCUCACAGACCACCACACUACCCAACCGAGUCGUCCACCACACCCACGACCCCCGACGACCCCACACGCAGCCUGCACAAGGCCUUGGCGCUGGAGGGCUUGAGAGACUGGUAUCUGCGGAACGCACUGGGACAGGCGGCCAAUGGAGGGAAGAGCAAAGAGGGGACGCAGACUCAGCGCAGGCGUACCACGUCCUCUCUGCACACCUCGCAACCCCAUCCGCCCCUAAAACACCAGCCACAGUCCUUUCAAACGGACGCAUCCUAUCCACAGAUGCCUCAGUCGGCCACGUUUCAUGGCCACCCUCUACACGGCAGGUCGAUGGAGCUUUCAUUGUACCAAGAUACCCUUUCAUCUAAAAUGCAGGAGAUGACACUUAAAGAGACGAGUAAUGACAGACCCACGCCAGGCACGCUGGUCUGACGCGCAAACACACAGUCUCACCCACACACACUCAUGC